AUGCAGACAAUCGGAAUAAAUGACAUGGCGAGGUCCGUUUUUCAGCGGGCUUAUGUUAGAAGAUAUACUCUUGGGGCUUGGUUAGGCGUGCCUGUUGUGUUAUCAUACAGCUUUUACAAACUAUUCGUCGAGAAAAUUUUCACCGCUGAAGAAGAAUUUGUAAACCGAGAUGCCGUCGAUUUUGCCCCGAAUGACUCGCACAUUGGCGACGCAGCACCGGGACAUUCUCCAGCUUGGUUGCUACGAUUCCAGAACCAUAUUUUCAAGACUCGAUUUGGGAAGUGGUUCUUUUUGCCGAUUCCAGUCAAGACUGGAAUGCGCGAUUUGGUCAGACACGCGGCCUUGACCUGCAGAGCGACCUUCUAUCCGAUCGGACAUGUUGAGCCAGAAGAUGUGGUCACAGAUUAUAAGCCCGACCUUUCUUCCCCACUAAAAUCAACGAAGAGAGCGGACUCGUGGCUUCCCACAACGAUCGAUGAUUACACAACGGCCUACAAAUCUGGAAAAUAUACACCAGUUGAUGUCAUCGAAAAGCUCUUACAAGAUUUGGAAAUUUUGAACGGGAAACUAAACAUGAUGUGCGAAUAUUUCCCUGAUCAAGUCCGCGCUCAAGCUAAAGAAUCUGCCGCUCGAUAUGCUGAAGGAAAGCCUCUUGGUCCUUUUGACGGUGUGCCGAUUGCAAUGAAGGACCAGUUGGAUAUCGAAGGCCAUAGAAGGCGAAAUGGACUUGAAUUUUGCGAGGGUGGCGCAGCUGUCGAAGACUGUACGAUUACUGCUCGAUGCAGAGCCCAAGGAAUGAUAAUUGUUGGUCUGACAAACAUGCAUCCAAAAGGCUUGUCUUGCUUCGGCUCGAACACCUCCUCCGACCAUGGCAUUUGCCGAAACCCUUACAAUGAUCAGUUUUUCUGUGGCGCAUCAAGCUCCGGAGCCGGAGCAAUCGUUGCUUCUGGAAUCAUGCCUCUUGCGAUCGGAACUGAUGGUGGUGGGUCCGUCCGAAUUCCAUCAGGCUACUGCAACUUGGUCGGUCUCUUUCCUUCUAUCGGAAGAAUUCCUCAAAGAGGCACGAGCUCUGGAACUUGCUCGGCAGCUGGACCAAUGGCACAUACUCCUCAAGACUGUGCGAGAUUGUAUGCUGUGAUUGCUGGCCCAGACUUUAAAGAAGGAUCGGAGCAGAGUCGAAUUCAACCUGCAGUCACCAUCCCGAAAACUAUCUUGAAAAGUUUGGCAGGCCUGAGAGUUGGAAUCGACCAGGAUUGGAAUCAGCAUGGAGUUGAAAAAGUGCUUCUUCAGGACUUUCAACGAAGACUUAAUUGGAUGAUCGACCAAGGUGCCGAAAUUGUUAACUUCAUUAUGCCGGAGAAAGACCUCGUUUAUGCAGCUCAUUUGAUAUGUUUCUCGAAUGAAAUCGCCUCCGACGUUGUCAGAUACGCUCAGCAAGGCAAGAAGGUCGACUAUGAUGUAGAAUUGGUAUCCAAUAUUCAGGCCAUGUCCACAAGAGCAACCGAUUACUACAUCGCCAACAAAAUAAGAACAAAAUUCAUGAGGAUCUUCGAAAAUGACAUUUGGCCGAAAAUGGAUAUUAUUGCAACACCAAUGUCAAGGACAACCAUGGUGCGAAUUGGCGAACAAGACCAUAUCUAUGGAAGAGCUGAUCCGAAAACAGUUGGCAAAAUCUCCCACUUCACUCGAAUCUUCAAUUUUGUUGGCUGUCCCGGAAUCAUGGUUCAACUCGGCCACGACAAAAAUAACAUACCAUAUGGAUUCCAUAUGGCAGCGAAAUGGUGGGACGAAAAGAGACUUUUUGAAAUCGCGGAUUUUAUGGAGAGCCAAGCACCUUAUAAAAAGCCAGUUCAUUUGAGCACACCUCCGUUCAAACAAGAAUAA